AUGACCGAUGGACCACUGAAGCAUAAGCUCCAGUCCUGUGAGAACAAGCCAGUGGCGAUUAGCGACUUUAGCAUCGCUCAUCGUGGCGGCGGCACACUCCAAUUCCCUGAAGAGACUGUGCAGUCCGAAGAAGCCGGUGCUCGCAUGGGCGCUGGGAUCUUGGAGUGCGAUGUUUCAUUCACAUCUGACCGUGGCCUCGUAUGUCGGCACUCGCUGUGCGACUUACACACCACCACCGACAUCCUUUUACGACCUGAACUUGCAAAGAAGUGCUCGCAGCCAUUCACCCCAGCCAACGCGACGUCGCCAGCAAAUGCUCUUUGCUGUACGUCCGAUAUCACCAUGGCCGAAUUCAGCACCCUUUGCGGCAAACAAGAUGGCUUCAACGCCUCCGCCACUACGCCCUUGGCCUACCAAGCCGGCACUCCCAAUUGGCGCACUGAACUAUACGACACUUGCGGCAAAGUACUAACAUUGAACCAAUACAUCGACUUCGUCGACGCCCAACCCGGCUACCGCAACUUCACCCCCGAGCUCAAAACGCCUCCAUUCCCUAUGCCCUACAAAGGCUACACUCAACAACAAUACGCCCAAGACUUCAUCGACGCUUUCCGCGCAAAAGGCGUUAGUUGCGACCGCGUCUGGCCUCAAUCCUUCACUUAUGAUGAUAUUGUGUAUUGGCUGAAGAACGACCAUGACUUUGGGCGCCAAGCAAUCUAUCUGCAGGAGUUUGAUACACCCGAAGAUAUCGCUGCAGGCAUGAAGAACUUGUCGAUUGCGCGUGCCGCUGGUGUGAACAUUAUCGGCCCUUCCAUACCCAUGCUUGUUAGUCCAGGGCCCAACAACACCAUCGUUCCUUCUGAGUACGCAAAGGCCAUCAAAGCCAACGGCAUGGAUAUCAUUGCGUGGACGUUCGAGCGCUCUGGACCUCUUGCGACUGUCAAGUCAAGAAAGGAGUAUUACUUCGAGAGCAUCGCGAAUGUAACAAGUUACGAUGGACAGUACUACGUGUUGUUAGACGUGUUGGCGAACCAGAUUGGGAUCAAAGGAUUGUUUAGCGAUUGGAGCGCUACGGUGACGUAUUUUGCGAAUUGUUUUGGAUUGAAGGGACCUGUUGGAGGGAGUUACACGUGA